AUCAUGGUUAGGCACGCUCACGCAUCACAAGAGGGCGCUUUUUCGCGAGCUCGGUUCGCUGUACAAAAAUUGCGACCGGCGGCGGCAGCGUGACGAAGCGAAAUUGAGCUCCAGAGCCAUGGCAUGGCGUUAUUCAAUUCACUCAUACAUGUAUAACAUCGAAUACCACCAAAAUGAUUGAGACACCAUAUGGCUGUGUGACGUAUAGACUUACCAUCUGACUCAUCGGCACUUCCAGCGGACCAACGAACGACGAUCGAGAGGCCUGGAAAAUCACUUGUUUCAUUAUCUAUUCCUGAAAAUGCUAAAUCGAGUCCAUUAUCAACUCAUCAUCCGCAUGUCUGGCGACUGGCGAGAAAAUUUCCAGGCCGAUUGUGAACAUCAGUCCAGGCCAAGGAUAAAGCCAUGAACGACCAAAUCUGGCUAAUGCCAGAUGACAAGAUCUCUACGCAGGAUUACAGCUAGCAUAUGACUAGCUUGAGAAAUUUAAAUAUUCAAGAAAGAAACAUAAGAUUCUUAUCUAUUAUUUUUUUAUUAUUUAGAUUUCUGUUUUGUUUUUGUUUGAAUUUUUCGUUCUAUUUUUUGUGUUUUGUUCUUGUAAAAAAAUGAUUUCUGUUUCAUGGACUCCUAACAAUUUCAGCACCAUUUAUUGCACAUAUUUUUUUUCUGCACUGGGAAAGGGAAGGGUAAUUUUUCUUCCAGUACUUUAUCAUGAGGUCUCAUGACUUUUAUCUUAAUGGCACUUAUGUUCUCAGGAAUUUUUCUUCAUGUAUGAACUUAACUGUGGUCUUAAAUCUGAAUUAUGGAAUUGUAAUAACUAUUAUUCAAUUGCUUAAACAUGUUAAAGGGUUUUUCAGCAAGGUUGCAUCAUUAUUUUGCCUUCCAGAUAUUAUAUUGUUUGGCUUUAAUAUUUAAGAUCAUGGCCAAAAUGUCAGAAGAGGUGGAUCUGCUCCAGCUACCAGCUGAUAGGAUUACUAAUGAAGUUAUCAUUGACCUACUGCCAAAACUCACGAGAGGAGAGGGAAUUACAUGGUCAAAAUUUUAUGAAAUAGUUCAAAACAAAUAUGAUGCUGAAUGUACUUUAAAGGCCCUUCAGACCAAGAUAACAAGAAUCUAUGGAAGGUACUUGAAACUAAACAAAACAAAACAAACUAAGGACGAAAAUGAUGUGAAGGUCAACUAUCUGCAAGAACCUUUCAAGCCCCCAGGAAAAGUUGUUCGACCUCCAAAGCAUGCUAAAGUAGACCAAGAUGAAGAUGCUGGUAGUCCUAAAAAGAGAAAAGUCUAUUCCAAUGAUCAAGUAGAAAAUUUGGGAAAAGAACUUGAGAGAUUCAAGGACAUGGUGCAAAAAACAGAGAGGGAAGUAAUGACUUACAAAAAGAAAGUGAAGCACCUUGAGAAGGAACUGAAAAAGAAUAAAGAAAAGGUUCAGUCUUUCACAUCUAUAUUUGGCAGUGUAAGAGGUGGAAGAAAACGGAUUACCGAAACAAUAAAGCGACUUAAACAAUCUAAAAGGGAAUGGAGGGUAAACUACCAAAUGACAAAGAGUGAAGAAAAACGGAAGACAAUUGAAAUCACGAGACUUCGAGCACAAUUGCAAGAAGAAAAGAGAAGACGUCAAAGAAUUCAAAAGAAAUACACAGAGCAAGAAAAAAUCAAGGUAGCCCAGAAGCAACAGGAGAUUGAACAACUCAAAGAAACUGUUGAAAAUCUUCAAUAUGAAAAAGACAAGUCCCAUCAUCCUCAACAAAUCCAAACCAAGAUUGGAAAGUCCUACACCCCUCAGAUCAGAGAAGCAUCCUACUAUUUACAGGUUGGGUUUGAAUAAAAUUGAUUUAUAAAAAAUAAAGUGAUAGGAAUUAAGUCAUAUAAUGUUCAUAAUAGUAAUUUGGAGGUUCCCCUUUUGACAUUUUUAAUAUGUAAAACGGGUAAUUGAUCAGAUACAUGAUUAUUUCCUGAGAUACUUUACUGGAAACUGAUCACAAAGACCCUAUUUCAUAGAAUAUUGUAUUAUGGUAACUUUGCCAA